CGAGAGACGUUCCGUCUCGGUUGUCUGGUAAAGAAUCAGAAGAUGGCUGAAGCUCCCUUACGGCCCUGUCGGUUUUUCUGUCACCAAUGUUCAGCAGAGAUCAACCCUCGUCUCCCGGUAAGCAUUCCAGAGAGGUUUUAUCGUUUAGAAAAGAAAACCAUGGCCAGCUAAGUGGGGUUUACGUUAUUUCAUUCACGAUUGCCCCAUGCUUCAGCAUGACAGCUAGCUAACGCUUUAGGUUGUAGCUAGAACGUUCACGUUGACAGGUGUGUUUUUGUCAUUUGACAGCUGGCUUAAUUUACAAUCUAGCCAGAUACCAAAAUAACGUGUUGUUUGUCUGAUAGGAUGUUUCGAGAGCAUGCCUCUGUGACUUGUUGGAUUAGUUAAGGCGCUAGCUAAAUUAGCUAAAUGAAAAAGCUAACCCGUAAAUUAUCUUCCAGUUACAGCGUGUCUGUCUGUCUGUCUGUCUGUCUGUCUGUCUGUCUGUCUGUCUGUCUGUCUGUCUGUCUGUCUGUUGUGAUAUGAGAUCUGUUCAUGAUUCUGACAGCUUGACAUCGGUCCCGCCUAGCCCCUCCCUCCAAAGGUAGCCUCUUUUAGAAUCCGAGAAAGAUCAAAUAUCUUCCAUUAGCAAUGGAUCAUUGAAUAGAUCAUCAGCGAUUGUUAAAAUGAUCAACUCUGUGAAUGGCGCUACAGCGUGUCAAAGUGUGAGGUCAAUAGCUAACUUAUAUUUUACUUAAUUUUUAUUUUGAAUUCAAGCCACAUCUGGUUGAAGUUAGCAAACAAUCCUAAUUCCCCGGUACAUACAUAGCCUCCAUAGGCAUGGUUUUUGUUUUGUUUUGCUUUAGAUCAAAUAAAAAAAGGAAAGUGUAUGAGACUGACUGUUGAGAAUUUAUGAUUAUUUAUAAAUUAGAUCUCUGCCUUCCUGCAGGACUUCACCUGUCCACAGUGUGAAUCUGGCUUCAUUGAAGAGCUAUCAGAGGAAAGAAGGUACAGUAUUAUCUGCUUGUCUAUGAGAGUUCGAAACACUUUCAGCAGCGAUUUUCCAUUGACAGUGCUGUCUGUGUCCACAUUGGUUCAUAAUUGAAGAUAAGAUGAGAACCUCUCAUUUCUGAUAUUUUGUUCCUUUCCAGCACUGAAAAUGAGUCCACAUCCACUGCCUCCACCAGCGAUCAGAACCGUCCGACUUUUGAGGUUAGUGACACAGAACUGGUAUGUUCCUCAACUCAACAUUUGGUCCUCAUGAAUUUAUGCACCUUGGUUGGACUGCAAGUGACAGUAUAUUUCUCCCUUUGUCCUCCUCCCUCAGAUUAUGGACCACCAGCACAUGUUUACAUUUCCGCCCGGAUACGGACAAUUUGCUCUGGGGAUCUUUGACGAGAAUUUCGACCUCCGAGCGGGGAUGCCGACGGAAGACAACCGCGAGACGGAGAACCGGCGGGAACGGGAGAUGGCGUCACGGCAACGGUACAGUGCCCGGCAACCGCGGGGACGACACAUCCCACGGCGACAGGGACAGAGACACGAGGGAGUACCCACUUUAGAGGGGUAUGGAACACUUUACAGCUUUCUUGCCCAAUGAAUCAUUGUUUGCUUGCCCUUUAGGGAUGAUGCUUGCUUGUGUAGCGAAAUUGUUCCGUUUCCUUGAGGAAGGAAUUCAGGAAAUGACUAAGAUGUUUUUCAUUGUCCCUCUGCAGAAUCAUCCAGCAGUUAGUGAAUGGAAUCAUAGCACCCACAGCCAUGCCGAACAUUGGGAUGGGACCAUGGUUUGUGUUAUUAUAUAAAUACCCUCAUACUCUAUGUUGUGUCUGUGAACAUACUAGUUGCUGUGAGUUUCUAGUAAUUUCUUGGAAUUUUCUUGAUAGGGGCAUGCUACACUCAAAUCCAAUGGACUACGCUUGGGGUGCCAAUGGACUUGAUGCUAUCAUUACCCAGGUAUACCCAAAUCCUCUACAUUUCACAAGGGAUUCAAUUACAUGCAAUGACAUCAAAUUCUGGUGACAUUUCCACAACCUAAUAAUACAACUUUCCCUCUCUCCCCUGUAGUUAUUGAAUCAGUUUGAGAACACGGGCCCUCCUCCUGCUGACAGAGAGAGGAUAAAGAACCUGCCCACCAUCCAGAUCACAGAGGAACAUGUGGGUGGGUCAACAACAACAACUCAUCAAGCAACCCCAGAGGUCAAAGAUCAUAUUAAAGGAAGACUUCAACACAAAAUAUGUUCUCUUUAAUUCCAGGUUCCAGUUUAGAAUGUCCCGUGUGCAAAGAAGACUACAGUGUAGGGGAGACUGUCAGGCAACUUCCGUGCAAUCACCUGUUUCACAAUGACUGUAUAGUCCCAUGGCUGGAACAGGUUUGUGUGCUGCGUUUACACCACGUUUUCAUUCAUUUAAAUGUAGUGGUGUGCAUGCAUGUGUUCUCAUUGAAGGAGCUGUAAACUGAACCUCUUGUGUCUGUGUCCUACUCUACCUCCUUCAGCACGACACAUGUCCAGUGUGCAGAAAGAGCCUUAGUGGACAGAACACAGCUACGGACCCCCCGGGACUAUCAGGAAUGAACUUCUCCCCUUCCUCCUCCUCCUCAUCCUCCUCCAACUCCCCCAGUAACGAGAACGCUGCCAACAACUCAUAG